AUGACCGAGGACCUCCUCUCCGGCAUGGCCGCCCACAUCCACGCCUUCAAUGAGAAAUCGGGAACCCUCAAUCCCACACCCGUUAACUUCACCGCGCCCUUCCGCCGCAUCGACUUCAUCUCCGGCAUCGAAUCCCAAAUCAACCGCAAACUCCCCGAUCUGACCUCACCCUCCGCUCUCUCUGAAACCCGCCACCUAUUCGACGCCCUCUCCCUUCCCCUCCCCGAAAACCCAACCCUCCCGCGCCUCCUCGACGAGCUAGCCGCCAUCUACCUCGAGCCCCAAUGCAAAGACCCAACUUUCCUCAUCAAUCCGCCAGAAUGCCUCUCCCCACUCUCCAAAUCUUUUAUUCAUCCAACCACGCACCAGCGCGUUGCGGCGCGCGGGGAACUUUUCAUCGAAGGCAAGGAGGUCGUCAAUACCUAUGAAGAAGAGAACUCGCCGUUUGAGCAGCGCCGCAAGUUCGAGGACCAGCAGCGGUAUUCCAGGGAAUCCGGCGAGCCUGGUGAAGUCGAUGAGAGUUAUCUCGAGGCGCUGGAAUGGGGAUUACCCUCGACUGGAGGGUGGGGGUGUGGUGUUGAUCGGUUGGUGAUGCUGUUCACGGGAGCGCAGCGCAUUGGGGAUGUAUUGCCGUUUGGGAAUUUGAGGGCUGUGACGAAAAAACCGACGGGGGAUAAUAAUCACGUCCAGCCCUCGUUCGGCGCGGCCCGAUCUCGCGGGGAAAGAAAACUUUCUCCUUCACCCAGUUUCAACAUCAUGACGAAGGGAAUCCAGGACGCAACGGUGGCCCAGGCGGUUACGGUGAGCCUGCAGGAGCUGAUUGACGGCACUGUCUCCUUCGACACGCUGACCGAAGCCUUCGGGCCGUCCUCCCUGGGGAUUAUCGUCGUUAAGGACCUCCCAGCGGACUUUGUGAAAUUGCGCGCCCAGGUCCUCUCCAAUGCGUCGUAUCUCGCUGCUCUUCCCGCCGAGGAACUAGAAUCCCUGGAAAGCCCCGAAUCCAAGUACCUCGUUGGCUGGUCCUGCGGCAAAGAAACCCUCAAGACAGGGCACUUCGACACGCUGAAGGGAUCCUACUACGUCAACUGCGCCUUCUACCAAGACCCCUCUCUGCAAAGCGCACCAGCAGACGGUUUCCCGGAUUUGCCGCAGUACACAGCGCCCAACAUUUGGCCGUCUGGCUCGCGUCUGCCCGGUUUUCAAGACGGGCUCGAGCAGCUCUGCGCGCUGAUUAUUCGCACCGCGGCGCUCGUUGCGCAGGCUUGUGAUCGCUACGCUGAGGCUAAUAUCGACGGCUACAAACCUGGUUAUUUGCAUCAUGUCGUUACGACCAGUUUGACUACCAAGGCGAGGCUGUUGCAUUAUUUCCCGGCGCCGGAGACAGAGGCGCAGAAGGGCUCUGGGCGUGAGGGUGAGGGUGAGGAUGAGGAUGAGGAUGAUGAUGAUGAUGAUGAUGAUUGGUGUGCUACCCAUAUCGACCAUGGCUGUCUGACGGGUCUCACGUCGGCAAUGUUCCUCGACGAAGCUGCUUCGCCUCCUACUCUACCUGCAUCUUCAUCUUCAUCCUCCCUCCCUCUCCUCCACGAACUCCCCCGCUCGCCAGACCCGCAGGCAGGCCUCUACAUCGCCUCCCGCACGGGCGAUAUCGUCAAAGUCAACAUCCCCAAGGACUGCCUCGCUUUCCAAACAGGGGAGGCCCUCCAACUCAUCACGCAGGGCAAGUUCCGUGCCGUCCCACACUUUGUGCGUGGUGCGCGGCGCCCGGACACGGCGGAGUUUAGGAAUGCGAGGAUUGCGCGCAAUACCCUGGCUGUUUUUACCCAGCCGAAUCUGGCGGAGGAGGUGCAGGCGGGUGUUUCUUUUGCAGAGUUUGCCAGGGGGGUUGUGCAGAGGAAUUAUUAA